AUGAUUAUUAUUGUUGAUGAAGAUGACGACGACGAUGACAAUUUCCUGACGCCAUCUUCCACACCACAAGAAGAGCUACCUGCCUCUGCAGACUUAAGCGGCAUCGGUCAUAAGAGGAGGAACAGUGCUGACAAUUUCAAUACGGACGACUUCGCCGACUUUGAGAAUUCAGCUCAAACCAACACAAACAAUUUAAUUACAGAAUCUCUUAUCCGGGAGAAGAUUUAUGAAAAGUAUACAGUGAGUUUUUCAAACUUGAAAGUGUUGAUUGGACAUGCAGAUGACAAUUGGAAGUCAGCUUACGGCAGCAUCACCAGCUUGUGGCACGUGGUCAACAAAUUUGAUGUCGUUCUGCUGUUUGAAAGGCGCCUGAUAAGGACCUGUACAAAUGAAUGGCCCAACGUCAUCAUCUCUGCCUCCAUCCCGUCCAUCGAGAUUCAUGUCAAUGAGUUUAAGUUGUCAGCUCUGAAGACCUGCAUGCAAAAUUUAAUGAACGACCUGAAUCGGGCGCUUGCCAGGAAGCAGCAGCCCUCCACAGGCCAGCAAGCAGCACCUCCACAAUCAUCAUUCGUCUUCCAACGUUCGAGAAACUCGUCCAGGACCAGGCAUAUAUCUGGAUCAAAGUCAUUCUAUGGGGAUGAGCCAGAUGUGGAAUGCAAGUUGUUGUUUGUUGAUUUCAUCAUCUACAGCCUUUCAUUGGAUGUGCACUGGAGAGGCCACAGCAUCGGUCAGCUGAGGGUGGACCAGGUCGGCGCCACAGCCCACAUGACCCACAGGAGGUCUCUGGUGUCUUUCAGCGUGAACAGCCUCAUCAUCGUCGAUGCCAUGCAAACCUGGGGCCCGGAUUAUGAUCUGCUGGUUGCAUCACAUAACUUCAGCAACUUACUGAGUUGUAGAGACGGUGAGGAGGCGACUGAUCUGAACAGCAACAAGAAAACUAACUACAACGUCAAUGCGUUUUUCUACAACAGUCCGAACAAAUUUGCUGGCUACUCAUAUUUAAACUCCGCAAUAAAAGCCAUUCCAAAUCAAAGUACUUUUCCAAACUCAUCCGUUCCAAGUUUCACGGGAUCAUCAGAAUUCUCGGAGUCAUUGAUCCAAUUAACCAUCGACAUCAAGAAGAACAUCAAGUGCGAAGAGUUAAAAGAAGGAGAUGAGGGGAAGCAUGAUGGUUCGGAAAGUUCACCCGUAGACAACAAUGACGACGACGGUGGCGAUGGUGCUGAUGAUGUCAACAUCGACUUUAACUUCAGUUCCAUGGAUGUGAUUGCAAACCAGCGAACAAUCGCUGAGAUGAUAAGUUUUUUCAAAGUUGUCAUUGAGUCCUCCGACCUUCCAUCUACCUCAGUCUCACCAUUGUCACCAUCAACCAUCAUGGAGAAUUCGCUGGUGACACCAUCUCAGGACAGAAGAUUAUUGGAUGACCUCGCAACAUCAGCGCUAUCCCAACACGAGGUGAAGGGCGAUGAAGAGGACCACAAAAAGAAUUUCAAUAAUCCCAAUAACUUUUCAAUACCAGCCAACAGUUCAUCAAUUCCAACCAACAACUCUUCAGCACCAGCCAACAACUCUUCAGCACCAGCCAACAACUCUUCAGCACCAGCCAACAACUCUUCAACACCAGCCAACAACUCUUCAACACCAACCAACAACUUUUCAACACCACCCAACAACUCCUCAACUCCAACCAACAAUAGGAAAAUGAAAGUUAGGUCUCGAUUCGGGCAGUUGAACAUGAUGCUCGUCAGUUUCGAAGGUGAAAAAGCAAAGAAGGUGGCUCUCAUCACGCUCAACGAUGCUCUCAUUUACUUAAACAUUGGUUAG